GCUGAGGUGACUAGAGAGAGAGUGUACGCUAUGCAUCAGUCCAGUAUAGAUGGGGUGGAGGACAUGUCCACUCUGGCAGAACUACACGAAGCUGCCAUCAUGCACAACCUCUACCAGCGCUACCAGAAGGACAGCAUCUAUACCAACAUAGGCAGUAUCCUGGCAGCAGUGAACCCUUAUAAACAGAUCCCAGGCAUGUAUGACCUAGAUAGAGUUGAGCUGUACAGUCGACACCACAUCGGAGAACUCCCGCCCCAUAUCUUCGCUGUGGCCAAUGAGUGCUACCGCUGCAUCUGGAAACGACACGACAGCCAAUGCGUCCUCAUCAGUGGGGAGUCGGGGGCUGGUAAGACAGAGAGCACCAAGCUGCUGCUCCAGUUCCUGUCUGUGAUGAGCCAGAACUCUGCUGGGAUGCCUCCUUCUGAGAAGACCACACCAGUGGAGCAGUCCAUCGUUCAGAGCAGUCCUAUCAUGGAGGCGUUUGGGAAUGCCAAGACAGUGUACAACAACAAUUCUAGUCGCUUUGGGAAGUUCAUCCAGCUCCACUUCUCCCAGAGCGGGAACAUCCAUGGUGGAUGUAUCGUUGACUAUUUACUGGAGAAGAACCGCGUGGUGAGACAGAACCCUGGAGAACGAAACUACCACAUCUUCUACGCCCUGCUGGCCGGAGCCAACAAGGAACACAGGGAGCUGUAUUUCCUGGACGACCCUCCUGAGUCAUUCCACUACCUCAGCCAAUCAGGCUGUCUCAAAGACAAGAGCCUGGACGAUAAACAGCUCUUCAACAGCGUCAUGGAGGCGCUGAAGGUGAUGGAGUUCACUGAGGAGGAGACCAGAGACGUGUUCAAACUGCUGUCUGGAGUCCUACAGCUGGGCAACAUUCAGUUCAUGACCGCCGGAGGAGCGCAGAUCACCACCAAACAGGUGCUCAGUAAUGUCAGUGAGCUACUUGGGCUGGACUGCUUCCAGCUGUCUGAGGUGCUGACGCAGAGAUCCAUGAUCCUCAGAGGAGAAGAGAUAUGCUCUCCACUCACCAUAGAACAGGCGGUGGAUUCCCGGGACUCUGUCUCCAUGGCUCUGUAUUCCCAGUGUUUUUCCUGGAUCAUUCUCCGGAUCAACCAGAAGAUCAGAGGGAAAGACAACUUCAAGUCCAUCGGAAUACUGGACAUCUUCGGCUUCGAGAACUUCCAGGUGAAUCGGUUUGAGCAGUUCAACAUCAACUAUGCCAACGAGAAGCUGCAGGAGUACUUCAACAAACACAUCUUCUCCCUGGAACAACUGGAGUACAACAGAGAGGGAGUCCAGUGGGAAGCCAUAGACUGGAUGGAUAACGCUGAGUGUCUGGACCUCAUAGAGAAGAAACUUGGGAUGCUAGCGUUGGUCAACGAGGAGAGUCGCUUCCCCAAAGGGACAGACUUCACACUGCUGGAGAAACUACACAGCAGGCACUCUACAAACCCUUACUAUGUGAAGCCUCGACUGGCUGACCAUCAGUUUGGCAUCAGGCACUAUGCUGGAGAGGUUCUGUAUGAUGUCACCGGGGUUCUGGAGAAGAACAGAGAUACAUUCAGAGACGACAUCCUGAACAUGCUGAAGGAGAGCAAACUGGACUUCAUCUAUGAUCUGUUUGAGAGAGUGGGCAGCAGGAACAGUGAGGAGACUCUGAAGAUGGGAACAGCCAGACGCAAGCCUACCGUCAGCUCACAGUUUAGGGACUCUCUCCAUUCCCUCAUGGGCACUCUGAGCGUGUCCAACCCUUUUUUUGUGCGCUGCAUCAAACCCAACAACGAGAAGAACCCUAGCGUGUUUGACCCGGAAGUGGUUCUGAACCAGCUGAGGUAUUCUGGAAUGUUAGAAACAGUUAAGAUCCGCCGGGCCGGCUUCCCUGUCCGCAGAACCUUCAAAGACUUCAUCAGCCGGUAUCAGAUCAUUCUGCAAGAGAAGGGGGGUGGAGCGGGGGAUGAUAAGAAGAGGAGUACAGACCUGCUGACCAAAUACGACCGUGCCAAGAAGGAGUGGCAGCUGGGAAAGACCAAGGUGUUUAUGAAGGAGUCUCUGGAACAGCAUCUGGAGAAAGAGAGAGACGAGGUUCGCCGUAAAGCAGGCAUGGUCAUCAGAGCCCACAUCCUCACCUACACCGCCAGGAAGCACUUUAAGCGUGUGAAGGGGAGCGUCAUCACCCUCCAGGGGUACCUUCGUACCCACAUACAACGGAAAUGGUUUCUACGGCGAUGCUUGGCGACGCGGGUACUCCAAAAACACAGACGAGGACAGGUGGCCCGCGCAAGCUGCCGUAAACUCAGAGAGGAGAGGAGGAAGAGAGAGGAGGAGGAGAGGAAGAAGAGAGAACAGGAGGAGGGAGGCGUAGAGGCCGCUCAGGGUUCUGAGAAGAAGGAAGGAAAGACGGAAGAAGAGGCCCGUCAGAUGGAGGAGAUCUUGCGUAUAGAGUUGGAGAUCGAGCGCCUACAGAAACAGAGGGAGGAUGGGGUCUCCCAGCUCUGUGAGUCCUCCAGGCAGGAGCUCCGGCUACGCCGGGACGCAGAGAUCAAGAGGCUGAAGAAGGAGGCCUCUCGUAAGGCCACAGAACUAAUCGACCUCCUGGACUUUGGAGGUCUGGAUCCUAGUUUAGCCACCGCGGCUAGCGCUAGUACAGAGCGGCUCCAGGAGGAGCCAGGCAUGGCCACAGCCGGAACCCAGGAGGAGGAGGUGGACGAGGGCUUCCAUGCCGAGGAGGAGUGUACUGUCCCUCUCCUCCCAGACUUCCCUCCUCCACCUGAGGCUGACGCUGCCGUGGACCAGGAUAUGUUCGCUCACCUGCCGCCCCCUCCACCCGCCUUCGCUGAGGGCUCUACUGCUACACCACCUCCCCCUCUCCUCGAUUCAUCCUCACCCACUCCCGUCCCUCCCCCGCCUCCCCCCUUACCAGCUGGGGAUGGCUCUGACACCCCUCUCCCACCUCCCCCCCCACCACUGCCUCCUGAAGAGGGGGAGGGAAAAGGAAAAGAGGGGGAGAAAAAAGAGGGUGAUGGAGGGAGGACGAGUAUCUUGAGCCUCGGAGAAGGGGAGGAGCCGAUCUACAGCAUGCCGGUCGACAGCGGCGAAUCAGAUUACGACGAGGAGGAGGGCUCUGUCACCGCGGGAGACGAUGGUUCCGCAUCCGGGCAGAAUAGCAACAGAGGCAGCGCGUCCAUGACAGAGGAAGAAGCUCUGAGGAAGUCCACGUGCACCAAUGCCAGCAUAGAGUCAUACAGGGGCAGCUCUGACUCAUACAUAGAGAGUGAUGAUGAGCAUGAUGGGCUGUUGGACACAGAUGAGGAGGUACACAACGGCAGGGUCACUCUUCUCAACGGGAACGGACCUCCGUACUUCCAUAGCUACCUCUACAUGAAGGCUGGUCUGAUGAUUCCAUGGCGCAGGCGGUGGUGUGUGUUGAAGGAUGAGACCUUCAUGUGGUUCCGCUCCAAACAGGAGUCCCUCAAGUCUGGCUGGCUCCAUAAGAAGGGAGGAGGACUGUCCACUCUGUCCCGCAGGAACUGGAAGAUGCGUUGGUUUGUUCUGAGGGAACACAAACUGAUGUAUUUUGACAACGACAGCGAGGAGAAACUGAAGGGAACCAUCGACAUCCGCGCCGCCAAAGAGAUCGUGAACAACCAUGAGAAGGAGAAUGCGUUGAACAUCGUGACAGAUGAGAGGACGUACCAGGUAUUUGCUGAGUCGCCAGAAGACGCCAGUGCGUGGUAUAACGUCCUCAGUAAGGUCCAUGUGUAUACUCCCGAGCAGCUGAUGGACAUGUCUCAUGAACAGGCCAACCCCAAGAACGCUGUGGGAACUCUGGACGUGGGGCUGAUUGACUCAGUCUGUGCCUCUGACAACCCAGACAGGCCCAACUCCUUUGUGAUCAUCACAGCGAACCGUGUGAUCCACUGUAACACUGACACUCCAGAGGAGAUGCACCACUGGAUCAGCCUGCUGCAGAAACCUAAAGGAGACGCCAAGAUAGACGGACAGGAGUUCCUGGUUAGGGGUUGGCUCCAGAAGGAGAUGAAGACAGGAACUAAGAGUAAUGUUCUGAAGCUGAAGAAGCGCUGGUUCGUGUUAACCCAUAACUCCCUGGAUUACUACAAGAGCUCUGAGCGAAACUCCUCCAAGAUGGGAACCCUCGUCCUCAACUCCCUCUGCUCUGUCUUUCAACCUGAGGAACGAGUGCACAGAGAGACAGGGUACUGGAACAUCGUAGUGCACGGUAGGAAGCACUCGUAUCGCCUCUACACCAAGAUGCUGAAUGAAGCUCUGAGAUGGAUAGCAGCCAUACAGGCAGUGAUAGACAGCAAGACACCCAUAGAAACACCGACACUACAGCUCAUCAGAGAUAUCAAGGACAGCAGUCUGAACCCUGAGGCAGUGGAGCAGACCUACAGGAGGAAUCCCAUCCUCAGAUACACUCAGCACCCUCUACACUCCCCCCUACUGCCACUACCCUACGGAGAAGUCAUCCAGAGACAGCAGGGCUAUGCCAGUCUUCAGGAUGAAGCUAUCCGAGUGUUUAACUCUCUUCAGGAGAUGGAGACUCUGGCAGACCCUGUUCCUAUCAUUCGGGGGGUACUGCAGACCUGUCAGGACCUGAGACCUCUCCGAGACGAGGUAUACUGUCAGGUGAUCAAGCAGACCAAUCACGUGCCUCAGCCCAAUCAGCCCAAUCAGCGGGCUCAUUGGCACCUCCUCACCUGUAUGAGCUGUACCUUCCUCCCAAGCCGGACCAUCCUCAGAUACCUGCGCUUCCACCUCAAAAGGGUGCGAGAGCAUUUCCCCAACACAGAGAUUGAGCGUUAUUCUGCUUUUAUCAAUGAGUCUCUGAAGAAGACCAAGACCAGGGACUUUAUUCCGUCUCAGGAGGAGAUCGUGGCCCUACUGGUGAGGCAGGAGAUGACAACUACAGUCUACUGCCAUGGAGGAGGCUCCUGCAAGAUCUCCAUCAAUUCACACACCACCGCUGGAGAGGUGGUGGAGAAGUUGAUCCGCGGCCUGGCCAUGGAGGACAGUAGGAAUCUGUUCUCUCUGUUUGAGCACAACAAGGUGACGGACCGAGCUCUGGAGAGCAGGGUCAUAGUGGCUGACGUCCUCGCCAAGUUUGAGAGGCUGUCAGGGACUGAGGAGGUUGAGGAGGAAGGACAGUGGAGACUCUAUUUUAAACUUUACUGUUUCCUCGACAUGGAGAGCAUGCCUAAGGAGGGGGUGGAAUUUGCCUUCAUGUUUGAGCAGGCCCAUGAGUCUCUGAUCAGUGGUCACUUCCCGGCCCCAGAGGAAACUUUGCAGCAGCUAGCCGCUUUACGGCUACAGUAUCUCCAUGGAGACGGGGCCAGCCGCGCUGGGUGGAGCCUCGGUAGUGUUUACCCAAUGGGGCGCCUCCGCACGCGCAUCUUCCACUCCACCAAACAGGGAGGCGCGGCAGGAGGAGAGGGAGGAGGAGGGCAGGUGGGAAGUGUCAAGGGGGACGGGCAGGAUAGAAGGAGAACCCCCAGCUUCCUGGAUGGAAGUCUGAGGCGCAGCUUCAAGACGGGCUCGCUGAAGAAACAGAAGGAGGAAGAGGGGCAGCAGGUAGAGAUGUGGGUGAAGGAGGAGACAUCGGCCACCAGAGCCCAUGUUCUGGAUAAAUGGACCAAGUUACAGGGACUCCCCCAGCACCAGGCUCUGCUCAAAUACAUGUCCAUCGUCAAAGAGUGGCCCGGAUAUGGCUCUACACUGUUCGACGUGGAGUGUAAGGAAGGAGGUUUUCCCCAUGACCUGUGGCUGGGUGUGAGUGCUGACAACCUGUCUGUGUAUAAGAGAGGGGAACCCAAACCUCUGCAGACGUUCCAGUAUGAGCAGAUCACCUUCUUUGGAGCUCCACAACCCUGCACCUACCAGAUCACUGUCGACAGCAACGACUUGUUCUUCCACACUCCAUUGGUGAUGGAGAUUGCUAAGAUCAUGAAAGCCUACAUCAACAUGAUGGUGAAGAAACGCUGCAGCAUCAUGUCUGUCUCCAGCGUCGCCAGCGCCUUCGUCAGGUGAUCAACCAGCAGCCAAUCAGGGCCCUCUAUUCAACAGCACAGGCCUAUCAGAGUGAGGCAGGAAGUGGAUACAAUCCACGGAUUGGUCGGACAGUUGUUUUUUUGGUGGAGUCAGCUGAUCUUGGAGAGGGGAAACCACAAAACAGCGGACAGCGAGGGAUCUAAAAUGACAUCCGAUUUCACAAAGCGAAAAGGGGAUGGACACUGCAGAUAACUAUUCUAGACAUGGGAAUUGGGUGGAUUGGGUUAAAUAUCUGUUCGUUAACAAUGAGCAAUGAAAAUGACCCAUUUUGGGGAGGACAACUCCAGCACCACCAACCCCCAGUUACCCUGCAUGUCACUGUCUUACAGACAGCAGGUCCAGCACAUUCUAACUCAACCUUACUUCAUCUAAAUAUCUCUUAUUACUCCUUUUAUAUCAAUCUCUAAUCUCUCUCUCUCUCUCCUGUCAUCCCUCUCUCUCUGUUCUCUCUGGACCAAACCCAUACCAACGACAAGCACAAUAGCCCAGUCAAACCAUACCACCCGCAAAGCUCCGUCGCCCCCUUCUCCACCCCGAUAACACACGCCCCGUCGCAGUCCCAACACACUGCCAGCUAGGAGAGAUCAAAUGAAGCCUGUUACUAUUUCUAUCUUCCUUCCUCUGUCUCUUACCCUCUCUCCCCCAUUUGAUGAAACUCUCUUUUUCUCUGUCUGUGUCCCAUUUCGCCUCUCUUUACAGUUACGUGUUAAUUUAUUCUCUGUUGCUUGCUUGCUUCCUUUCCUCUCUCUUUCUCUCACUCACUCUCUCGUUCAUCUGCUGUCGUCCGUGGUGACUGAGAUAAAGGACUCACUGUGUUUUGUAUUUUCAUCUCGGGGUCAAAUGGAAAAUCAGGUUCCUUCUUCAUCAGACUGCACAGUACUUACUUCCUGUGUCAAAGGAAGUGACAUGACAUAUGGUCAAAGGAAGUGACCUCACACAAACCCCCUCAAGAGAACCAGGACUGGAGGCCCACCCAGGGCCUUCUCCCCGGGAUCAUCCUGACUCAGAGGCUCUUUCAAUACAGGUACUGUAGGAUUACAGUCGCUCGUGAAAGACUACGCACCUCUUGCACAGUCUUCACAUUUUUGCUGCCUUAAAAUGUCAUCUGAAAAAGAGAUUACAUUAAAACAUUCCCCGACUGAUCUACACAACCUGCUCCACAUUUUCAAAGUUAAAGAACAUUUUCUAAAUGACUAAGAAAUACAAAAUGAGGAUCCAUUGAUUGUCUAUGUCUUCACCCCCCCAGAGUUUGUGCUGGGAGGAAGCACCCUUUGGCAGACAUUAUAGCCGUGAGUCAUUUUGAGGAUUCUACCAACUUUGCACAACUCUUGGGGUAACAUAUAUCCAUUGUUUUUGUCAAAAUUGCUCAAGCUCAGAAAUUCUGUUUGGAAACAAUGGAUGUACGUUACCCUAGGAGUUGUGUAGAGUUGGUGGAAUCUUCGGGGUGUUUCACAGCUAUGGUGUCUGCCAAGGGGUGCUUCCUCCCAGUCCAAUUUGUA